GUCCGAUGGAGGAGGAGGACGAGGAGGCGCGGGCGCUGCUGGACCCCGGCCCCGACGCGGGCAGCGGAGUCCCCGCCGCCCCGCAGCCGCUGCCGGCGCUCUGCGACCCGCGCCGCCUGGCGCACCGGCUCCUGGUGCUGCUGCUGAUGUGCCUGCUGGGCUUCGGCAGCUAUUUUUGCUAUGAUAACCCUGCUGCCCUUCAGACCCAGGUUAAGCAGGAUAUGCAGGUGAAUACCACAAAAUUCAUGCUGCUGUAUGCCUGGUAUUCUUGGCCCAAUGUAGUUUUGUGUUUCUUGGGUGGCUUUUUGAUAGACCGAGUAUUUGGAAUACGAUGGGGCACGAUUAUUUUUAGCUGCUUUGUUUGCAUUGGACAGGUUGUUUUUGCUCUGGGUGGAAUAUUUAAUGCUUUUUGGCUGAUGGAACUGGGAAGAUUUGUAUUUGGGAUUGGUGGAGAGUCCUUAGCGGUUGCCCAGAAUACAUAUGCUGUGAGUUGGUUUAAAGGCAAAGAACUGAACCUGGUGUUUGGACUGCAACUCAGCAUGGCCAGAAUCGGAAGUACAGUGAAUAUGAACCUUAUGGGAUGGCUGUACUCUAAGAUUGAAGUUUUCUUGGGUUCAGCUGGGCACAUGACCCUUGGAAUGACACUUCUGAUUGGGGGCAUGACUUGUAUUUUCUCACUAAUUUGUGCCUUGGCCCUUGCUUAUUUGGAUCUGAGAGCAGAGAGAAUUCUUCACAAGGAACAAGGAAAAACAGGUGACGUUAUUAAAUUGACGGACAUAAAGGACUUCUCCUUGCCCCUGUGGCUGGUAUUUGUCAUCUGUGUCUGCUAUUAUGUUGCAGUGUUCCCUUUUAUUGGACUUGGGAAGGUUUUCUUUAUAGAAAAAUUUGGAUUUACUUCCCAGGCUGCAAGUGCAAUUAACAGUGUUGUGUAUGUCAUAUCAGCUCCCAUGUCCCCCGUGUUUGGGCUCUUGGUGGACAAAACAGGGAAGAACAUCAUCUGGGUUCUGUGUGCUGUGGCCACCACCCUCGUGUCCCACAUGAUGCUGGCCUUCACCCUGUGGAAUCCGUGGAUUGCUAUGUGUCUCCUGGGACUCUCCUAUUCACUACUUGCCUGUGCUUUGUGGCCCAUGGUGGCAUUUGUAGUUCCUGAGCAUCAGCUGGGAACUGCAUAUGGCUUCAUGCAGUCCAUUCAGAACCUUGGGCUGGCCAUCAUUUCCAUCAUUGCUGGCAUGAUACUAGAUAAUCGGGGAUACUUGUUUCUAGAAGUUUUCUUCAUUGCCUGUGUUUCUUUGUCACUGUUAUCUGUGGUCUUGCUUUACUGGGUGAACUGUGCUCAAGGUGGGAAUCUAAAUUAUUCUGCAAAGCAAAGGGAAGAAAUAAAACUCUCUCAUACUGAGUAAGACCUUGAAGUCAUGAGAAUGGGCAACAUGUACUGCUGACUUGAAAACCUCUACAAACUUUCUUUGUUUUCUUUUCUUUUUUUAUAAAAGAAUUUACAGUCCAUAUAAAAUAAACAGAGUGAAAAGUA